UAUUCGGUUGCUGUGUUGUUCACGUGAGUUGUUGUAUAGAUAUCAAUAUGGUAUUUUGACCAUAACGUCAGUUCCAUACAGGUGUUAGCUGGUUAAACGCCUAAUAAUUAAUAAAAUAAAUUUGAUCUAUUACUGUUACUAUGGACGAAUCUAACCGAGCUUCUUCUUAUCUGGACGAGCCACCAAACAGUCGGCUGUUUCUCGUGACCAGUAAAUCCAUCACAGAGGAGAUUAUAAGGGAACAUUUCACAGCUUUUGGGGAGAUUCAGGACAUAUGGGUGGUGAAAGACAAGCAGACGAAAGAGUCGAAAGGAGUGUCGUUUGUCAAAUUCGCCAAAUCCUCGCAAGCCUGUACUGCGAUGGAGGAGAUGCAUGGCAGAUGCCUGACUGAAGGAACCAAGCCUAUAAAGGUCUUCAUUGCUCAGUCCAGAUCUUCUGGCAGUCACAGAGAUGUGGAGGACGAGGAGCUCACCAGAAUAUUUGUCAUGAUCCCCAAAUCCUUCACUGAGGAAGAUUUAAAAGAGAUAUUUAAGGCAUAUGGAGAUAUAGAGUAUGCUAUUAUUAUAAGGAAUAAGACCACAGGUGAAAGUAAAGGUCUGGGUUACGUCAGAUUCCACAAACCUUCGCAAGCCGCCAAAGCCAUAGAAAACUGUGACAAAACUUUUAGAGCUAUUUUAGCUGAGCCCAGAACCAAAAAUGCAUCAGCAGACAAUGACUAUUUCAGCAACCCCAGAUCGGAGCACUCUGGUAAUGAUCCAGGCUCUAACUCGUACACUUUUGCACACGAGUCCAGCAGCUACGCCACGGGGGACACAUGGAGCUCUGACACUAUCACCCGGUGCCUGCUGGUGUCGUCACGGGUUGCGGUCACACAGGAGCAGAUCUGCGGUCUGUUUGACCUUAUCCCGGGGAUGGACUUCUGUGAGAUGCAGAGAGAUCAAUACGGCUUCAGCAAAGGUCAGGUGGUGGUGCGGUAUAAUAACCUGGGCUCUGCGGUUUAUGCUAAAGAGAAGCUGAAUGGGUUUGAGUAUCCACCUGGUAACCGUCUCUCGGUAUCUUACAUAGACGAUGGGGAGGACAGGACGAGUCCUGUGGGAAAGAUGGCGAUGCAGCUUGUGGCCGCUCAGAUGAUGUCUAUGGUGUGGAACGGCCCUUCUGGUGCACAGCUAAUGAAGACUAGCGCGGGCUAUACAGCACCUCCUGUACCUCAGAAAGCACGUGUGCAGACAGAUGUAGCUCUGCCUCCUCUAAAGAAACUGGUGGCGUCUGACAGCGUGGUGAAGGAGAGGCUGUUUGUCAUCUUCAACCCCUCACCUCUGCCUGUGGAUGUGCUAGAGGACGUUUUCUGUCGUUUCGGUUCCCUGAUGGAGGUUUACUUGGUUCCCGGCCGGAAUGUGGGAUAUAUAAAGUAUGCAGACCGGAAACCUGCUCAUGACGCCAUAGCACUGCUGCACGGUAAAGUGAUUAACGGCAUCAAGAUGAAGGUCAUGCUGGCAGACCCGCCCAAAGAGGAAUCACACAAACGCCAGAGAACUUACUGACCUUUGACCUUACGACAGGCACAGAGGUUUAGAUGACAUGACGCAUGACCCCGACAUGACGGCUAUUUAUGAUGACACGACCUCAUAGCGACGGACACUGACUGCCAGACUGCUGUUUCAGUUCUUUAAUAACAGAGAAAGUGUUUUUACUUUCUUUUCUUGUUUUCUGUUAGACAACUGCCCGCAAUUGAGACACUUGAACACUUAAUAUUUUCAUCUUAUAUAAUUCUGUUGACACAUUGUACAGACUUCUUUUGUGUUCCGCAUAGUCAUACAGGUUUGGAACAACAAAAGGUUGAGUAAAUGAUGACAGAAUUGUUACAUGUGAACUAUCCCAGUUAACAAAGGUGACAGACAAAGCUUCAGAAGAGUUUGAGCUCAUGCAUGGCCUCUGUAUGUAUCUGAUGUGUAUGGAAUUAGCAAAUAAAAAGAGUUUGACAAAUGAAGCCUGUUUAUUUCUUAUUGAUAGUAAAUUACUGGUGCUCUGUCAGCGUUUUAAGUGAGAGGGGAUAGUUUAAACAUGGAGUGUAUUUAUGUGUAAUAUCUUAUACAGGUAGGGUUGGGUACCGAACUCGGUACUUUUAAGGGUACGGACCGAAUUGCGUCGGUACUACCGAGUAUCGAUUCUCAUUAAAUCAUUCGGUACCAAAUUUCGGUACCUGAUAACGCAUUUGGGCGCAUACGAGAGAGAGAGAGAGACCCUGUGACUUGUCACACCUGCAACUCUUUAAAACACAACACACAGGGCAAACCGAAAUGUUCUGAAGUGUGCUUACAUUUCUAGGGUCAUAUGACGCGGAGUCCAUUCAUAUAAACGGAAUUUACUCUAUAGCGCGGAAUGCCACGGAAUUCAUAAUUUUUGGAUGAAUAAAAGAAUGUCUGUCACUUAAUUCGAAUCGCGAUAUGAACUAGUGUAUGUGAAUAUUAAAACGCAAAAAAACGGUUUAAAUAUGAAUCCUGCAUGUUGCGUUAGCCUCGGUAUGUAUGAACGGCGGAGACGCGGUUUUGUUUACUACACAAAUACUGAAGCACACGUGAACUCGCGGUGAUUUUCGGACUCUGCAUCUCACAACAUGAACUUAUAGGCUGUGAGUCACUUCAUGAGAAUUUUACCGUUUCAUUUGAGAAAACCAGCAUCAUAUCAUACUGUAUACACAGAAACUUCACGGCAACCUGUCAAAAUAAAAGUGCGGUGUAACAGAAAUAUAUUACUCUUGUAUUACUUUUGUACAGUAUAAUGUACGUCUUUAUACAUUCCAUUUACUGACAAAUUUAAAUAAAACAAUUAAAUGAUAAAAAUAAUUGGUAACACUUUAGAAUAGGGAACACUUAUUCACUAUUAACUAUGACUUUUCCCUCAAUAAAUUCCUAAUUGGCUGCUUAUUAAUAGUCAGUAAGGUAGUUGUUAAGUUUAGUUAUUGGGUAGGAUUAGGGAUGUAGAAUAAGGUCAUGUAGAAUAAGACAUUAAUAUGUGCUUAAUUAGUACUAAUAAAUGGCUAAUAUUGUAGUAAUAUGCAUGCUAAUAAGCAACUAGCUAAGAGUCCCUAAAAUAAAGUGUUACCAAAUAAUUAUUACAACCACAUUAACCACUUAAUUGUAGAAAAAAUACAAUUAUUAUUAACUUUUUUAAAGGAAUAUUCACACAAUUUUUCUACCAUGUAUUAAUAUUAACAGUAAACCUCUGUUUGUUUGCCAAAAAAUAAAAGGGUUUAAUUUUCAUUUGAUUAAAAAUAAAUGUUUCAUGCCUUCAUUUGAUUAUCAGAAAAAAUAAAACAAGAAUUUCUGGAAGAAAUUGUAGGGCCUUAUUGUUCAAAAUGUUGAAAUUGAGAGUUUUGGACUUAUUUUUUCACUGAAAUAAAUGUUUUUGUUAUUACACAGAGAGUAAAGUACCGAAAAAAGGUACCGUUGGGUACCGGUACCGAAUUUCAGGUACCGAUACCGGCACCGUACCGGUUCAAAUGUGAACGGUACCCAACCCUAUAUA